CGGCGCAACACGCACUGGAAGAAGCUUAUCUGUACUGCUGAAGGUCUCGCAGGCAAGGAGUUGCAAACAGCUGCUCCAAAAACAGCGGGAUUCCAGCGCUGUCUUCAAACCCACUGAAUUCAAGCGAUGCUGACACAGUUGGGCUCAUACGAUUGUGGGAUUGGUGAUUCAAGACCUUUCAAGCAGACUGCGGUUACAUCUUUAUUUCUGAAGAAAAAUGAAUGACUCUUUGGAUUUACAUGGUACCAACCAGAAGUUUCUUAAGCUGUUGCCUGAUGGAAACUUUUCACUUGGAGCUUUAGGCAAUUUGAGCCACGAUCUGUUGCUGUAUAAAGGUGCGGAACUUGAAAAUAUAUUAUUACUGACAAUUAAAGAGCCUACUACCAUUGCCCUUACAGUCAUGUACCUGGUGUCCUUUGUAGUAGGGUUCAUUGGCAACAUCAUGUCCAUUAAAGUGCUCACUAACAAAAGAAGCAAAAGGAUGUCAGGUGUUAGCGCAACCAGAGCCUUACUGAUAAACUUAGCCAUAUGUGACUUGAUGGUUGUGUGCAUUUGCAUGCCUGUUACUUUGGGCCACAAGAUUUAUACGGCUUGGGUGUAUGGAGACUUUCUCUGUAGAGCGGUGCCUUUCACUCAAGCAGUUUCAGUUGCUGCUAGUGUCCUUAGUUUGACUGUCAUAAGCGUUAACAGGUACUACAGUGUCCACAACCCCUUAAAUGCUAGAUCUUUUUUCACCUGGAGGAAGAUCUUCUGGGCAAUUGUCAUCGUGUGGGUCUUGUCUUCUGGUAUAUGCUUGCCUCUGAUAUUUAUGAACAAAAGAGAUGAGAUACGCCUCAUAGAAGACCUACCGUUCGUUUUUCCUAUUUGUAGAGAAAUCUGGCCUCACGCGAAGCUGAAGCAAGCGUAUAACUGCCUGUUGUUUUGUGCCCUGUACUGUCUCCCGGUCACAUUCAACUUAAUAAUCAGCUUCUUAACUGGGCGUAAGCUUUGGAGCACCCCCACACAUUUUAAGAAAUUUGACUCCAGAAACCAAUCCCUGCCACCCUCCAGGCUAAACAAUCGGAAGAACAUUGCCAAAAUGGUGGUGGCCUUGGUUCUCCUGUUUGCCAUUUCUUGGCUCCCUCUUUACAUGGUGGACAUUUGGAUCGAUUUUAACACCCCGGACUCUCACAGAGAAGAAACUCCUCCACCAUGGAUCCUGCAGUUAAGGCCUUUUGCACAGUGGCUUGGUCUCACCAACUCUAGCCUUAACCCGAUUUGCUAUUGUUUUGUAGGAGACCUGUACAGAUCAGCCAAGGAAAUGAAAAGCAGGUACCACAGUAGAAUUGUUUCCCUCUUUAGCUUCUCUUUAUCUGAAGACUCCCCAGCCUCCACCAUCCCCAAGCUCCUCUCCUAUAAAAGACCUGCCCAUGUCAUGCGUAAAGACUCCACCUGUAACACCUCAGUUGAUAUCCAUAUCUCACGGACAACCAUUUGUGAGACAACACUGAACUCCUGCCAUCCAGUGACUCUUCAUACAUUCUCUGCAAGAAGACAUUCCUUGGUGCAGUGUGAUCAAACUAAAUUAUAGGUCUAAACUGUAAUUUUAAUAUAAAGCAUGGUUUCUGUUCAGCCAGUUUCAACAGGGGUAGUUUCAAUCACAGAACUGUGUGCAAAACAAAUGGAUUUGUACCCCUGUUGAAUUCCGGGAUUGCAGAUAUCUCACCAGAAUAUAAAAGGUGAACUUCAACUAUCUGCAAAAAAUCAAGGUUCAAAGUGGCCUAAAGCAUGAUUCGCAUGGGACUAAAAAUCAGGUGUCCUCAGAGUUGUUCAAAAGCAGAGGAAGUCUAGUAACCUCCCAUAUGUGGAUUAGUUUUCAUCAUGAAAAGUUGGUAAAUUAAAAAUGCGAUGUUGUGGACAGAGAAGGCGCUUUUGUGCAUAAUUUGUAAUCAGUAAACUUGGUGUAAAUAACGAAUUUAAUUGUACCUUCUUUUCCAAAGGCUAGAAUAGCCAUUUUGUCUCUUGAGUGAUAUGUAUUUCCAUACAUAGGCUACCUUAAAAUGCACCAUUCAAAGCAUCCAUUUUUUAAGAGUCACCAAUUAUGUUUUGUAUUUUCCCCUGAUCCCCAAUUUGGUUAUCCCCAAUCGUUGCAUUUUACUGAACUGUAGACUCUCGGAACAGAUCGCACCAAUUUAAAUAUUGUAUUAUGAUUUAUGCGAAUCAGACUUUAGCCCCUUUUAACUUUUGGAUAGUUGUUCUUAUCAGAUAUAAGUUGUAUAGUACUUUUAAAAGGUCUUUAAUAACUGGAAUGUACAGUAUUAGUAUUUUCAAUUUCAACACUACAGCUAAUAGAUGGACUGCAUGUGAAGGACAACUGUAAUGUUAUGAAAUGUUAAAACACUGGGAGUGAAACCCACACACACCCAUUUUGCUGGGUUUCCUGAGAAAAAGGACUUAGCAGUUACAUGCAUUUGUUUUCUGUGGUACACCGUGGUAAAAACACAGUAAAGGCCCAUUCCACGUUAUGUGUGUUCCAGUUUGGAGCACAUACUCCUAUAUUGUAAUGUAGGCUGAAAACUUGGUGUAACACAUAUUUUUUAAGUUAUACAGCCACAAUCUACCGAAAGGACACUUUUCUUGAUUCAAAUUUUAAAAACUCAUAAGGAUGCAACAUACGCAGAGGUCGAUUCAUAAAGGGGAGAACAGGCGUACAUUUUGACCGUAGCCGCUUAUUUAACCACCAUUGCUAUUCCAAAGGGACAACUGACAUGUGUCAUUAAGCCCCAAGGGCAUUCGUUCCUGAAGGAAUAUUUUAAUCAUCGGUUCUGAAUGUCAACCUGCUAAUCAUAAACCUGAAUGACAACAAAAUGCUAUGUGUUAAUCUAUGUGUUGUUUAACGCUUGGUGCGGUCAAGUCUAAACUAACGACAGCCUCAUUUAACAAUGUAAAGAGAUCACCACUGUCAAAACAAGUAAUCUGAAUGUUUAAAAAAGGUCACCUGCCAAAAAAAUGUUACAAUAAACCAUGUGAAUUUUUUUUUAAUACAUAUUUUGUUAUUAGAUUGCUGUGCACUGUCCACGAGAUUAACACUGCCUAAUAUUUAGAAAAAUACCGCAUCUGUGUUAUGCCAGCUUGGACCAACUUGCAUAGAUAGGUGGGGAGGCACUUCAGUACAGUACCGGCAAGGUGUGCCACAUCACGACUGCAUGUUGUAUCUUGCACAACAUUGUAAUCAGGAGAAGAUGUGCCUUACCCCACAGAACACGACACAGCAAUGCCAGCACCUGUUCCAGCUGAUGCAAGCAGACAAGGUAGCACAGAAAUACAUUCUUUACACAGCUAAGAAAAAAAAAAGCAUCUACACACAUAUGGACGACUUUCGUUAGUUUUAAACGGAAUGCGAUUAACUAGGACAAUCAGCAAGUACUUUUAUGAAUAGACCCUGUAACUUGGAAUAGGCCUAAAGUGUAGUAAAACUUAUGGAAAGCUUGUUAAAGCAAUGCAAUGCAUAAUACAUAAUGCAACACUAUCUGUAAGCUACACUAAAUCUAUAUUAUAAUAAGCAUGGGAAAAACUUUUAAGAAUAAGCAAAGUCAUGUUUAAUUUCGGUGUAACCACAAUUGGCUUUGUGUGGGUUUAUUUUAAUUUUUUUGUGUAAUAGUUGAUCCUACUGUUGUGUGCUGUUUCAUGUGCAUUUGUAACAAAAAUAAAUAAAUACAAAUAAAUAAUGCAGAUGUGUAGUUAUGGGAGUUCCUGCAUAAAUUUGCAAAAAUGUGGAGGAGCAUCUGUAUAGGAAUAGGAAACACAGCUAUUCUAGUAAUGUGCAGGUGCACCAUUGACUACCUUAAAUAAAAACGGACAGUAUACAUUUGGCUUAUAGGCUACUCAAGAUAAUACGAAUUAGUGGUAUAAUGCAACAUUUGUUGCUAGUUCCUUGAAAUUUGUAUUUAUGAGAAUUGAUUGUCCACCUGUAAGUAUCAUAACUUGUCAGUGCGGCACUGUGAUGGGGUACACCCCGCCCCUGUGCAUAUUAUAUUUUGUAUUUUGUAUUUGUUGUAUUAUUAUUUUAAAAAGUAUUGUUUAAUUCGUAUUAAACUACAGUGUUUUGUUAUUGUUGUUUUUGCAGCAUGGACAGGGUUAAACUUCCCCAUCCACGCUAACCCCUUGCAGAAUGUGACCAUGUCCAGAUUGAUUGAUUCCUUUAUUACUAAUUUGGAUACGGUCACAUGUUUAUAAACCUGCAGCUUUGGCUGAUCGAGGUUGGAGUGUUCAGGAGUGGGAACGGCAAUAAGAGAAGGUACAAGAAUAAAUACAAAGAAACAACUGCUCCGUGUGCUGGUUCAACACCAGCAGCAUACUUGUUUUAGUUAUUUCUUGCCUGUCUAUUUGUUUUUGGCCAAAGUGCUAUUUGUUUUUGUAAAAGUGUUUUUGUUUGUUCAACCUUUUUAUUUUGUUUAUUUAUUAAAAUGCACGCAGUGCUUUUCUCUGCUCCCUCCUGCGCCGCCAGGGGAAGACUGCCCUGUGCUCUCGCCGCCGUCGCCUGGGGAAGACUGCCCUGUGCUCUCGCCUCCGUCGCCAGGGGAAGACUGCCCUGUGCUCUCGCCUCCGUCGCCAGGGGAAGACUGCCCUG